CAGCAGUCUUGCUGUGCAGCUGUUGUCUUGACGCGAACCGUUAAACUGUUUUCAGCUUGCCCGAGGAUUACUGUGGUUCCCUCCGCACGCUAGAAGGUAACGGAGACCGCAGCAGUCGCGGCCAACCAUCCCAGUUAUCCCGCCCCCGUCAUUGCCCAAAGGCUUGCCAUUUCUAAAUUCUACCCGUCUUUAGCGAGGGGUUGUCGCCGUUGUUUACUACACACAGUUCGGUGGGACUUAAACUUGGACCGGUACAGGUACAGCGUUCCAGGAUGAGGAUUUCUGCGGUCCUGGUUCUUGCCGUGUUCUUGGUUCCUCUUGUGGUCGUCGCGGGAGAUACCGAGGAACGGAGGGAGAGAAAGAGAGAACGAGAGGAGAGGAGGAGAGAUCGCAAAGGAGGGAGGAGAGGGCGGAAUAGAAACAAGAGUUUCCCCCUGGUUGCGUCCUCCCCCAGCCCGGGCCUGGACAUGUUCUUCGAGGACCGUCAGCACGCGCUGAUCUCCGGGGAGAGCCUCGGGCGGGACCUCGGGAGGGACCCCGGGGACGACCCGAGGAGCGGGCGGAGGGAGCCCGGCGGGCGGAAGAAGGGGAAGGGCCGCGGGAGGAAGAAGGACCGGGAGGGCCGGAGGCGCGGCAAGGGGAAGAACAGGGGGAAGAACAAGCAGGAAGGUGAUGCUGUCGACACCACGCCUGGACCGAGCCCGGCAGGCAGCAAAGCGGAUUCUUCCAAACCAGGCGAGGUGUCGGGUUACAGCAAGCGGUGGGGCGACUGUCCCGGUGACGUCAUGACCCACCUGCAGCUGUUCGAGGUGUCCUUGGAGGAGUGCGCCAAGAAAUGCAACGAGCACUUCGACUGUGCGGGGUUCCUCUACUUUCAGGAUCCCUUCAACAAGCGGUGUUUCCCGAAGAACCGCAGCUGUGAGGUCACGACUCGGGUGGACGAGCACAGCUGGUUCUACCACAAGGUGGAGCACAAGGAGCUGCCUCCAUGGGAAGACCGUCCAGUGGUUGAGUACCUGCCUGAGUUGCCUCGGCAGAGUUCGUGUGAACCCCUGACAGUGCCCCUCUGCCAGAACAUGAUGUACAACGAGACCGUCUUUCCCAACAUCCUUGGCCACACCAAGCAGGAUGAGGCCUCUCUGGAGGUGCACCAGUACUACCCCCUUGUGAAAAUGGGCUGUUCCGAUGUUCUAGAAGAGUUCCUGUGUUUCGUGUACACGCCUCCGUGUACCAUACUGGAAAGCCCCAUCCCGCCAUGCCGCAGUCUGUGCGAAUCCGCUAGGGGGAGCUGCGAAGGUCUCAUGAUGAAGUUUGGGUUCCCAUGGCCGGAGAACCUGGACUGUUCCAAGUUCCCGGAGGAGAAUCAAGGACCUCCUUGGGAGAAUGAACCUGGCAGUCUUGGUCUUGACCGCAGUCUUUGCCUCAAAGCGCCGGAGAGGGGCCCAGAAGACAUUGAGGCACCCCCUGUACCAGGAUACGAGGGUAGGGUCGGAGACUGCCCUGGGAACGAGAUCUGGACUCUCUACGGCAAUGGAAUCAUCCUGGAGGAGUGCGCAAGGAGGUGCACAGAUGAGGAGGACUGUGCGGCCUUCAUGUACUCAGAGGGAAGCUGUUAUCCCAAGUACGAAACCUGCCAGGACCAGGCCGCGGGUUCAUCCGACCCAACCAGCUUCAUCUACGACAAGGUCACAGGACCCACAACUGCCAAACUGCCGACCACAACUCUACCUCAAACCACCACAACAACUCAGAAGACCACCACAGAGCUGCCGACAACUACAACUACAACCAAAACUACAACACUACCUCCUACGACGACAACAACAACCGAAAAGACUACUGUACCACCUUCUACUACAACACCACUCAUUACAACAACAACCACAACAACAACAACAAUGGCAGAGCCAGUGCCAACGACGAUGAGCAAACUGCAGCCAGAGAAGCCAUCCCGAAGCAUGGGCGGAGGUGGGAACAUGAUGUCAGCGAUGAGACUUCGACGCGACCUGAUGUCGAGUUAUGACAAGGCGGUGAUCCCGCAAACCGAAGCAGAUAAACCAGUUCUGGUGGAACUGGGGAUGUCGGCGCAGAAAAUUCUUGACUUGGACAAAGAGAGGGACAUCUUGCACAUCCACACAUGGCUCACUAUGUCAUGGACAGACAACAGUUUUCUGUGGGACCCAGAGGAAUAUGGCGGCGUUACGGACGUCCGCUUCCCAGUCACGGAACUCUGGACUCCUGACAUCACAAACUACAGAAGUGUAGACCAAGACAGCACGUAUGUUCCCAUCAUGGGAAAAGCUAUCCUAAACAACGAUGGAAAAGUGCUCUACGUCACUCCCUGGACACUCAAAACUAGCUGUGAAAUAGUGCCAUCUGGAUUGGAGGAGUGGAACUGCACCAUGAGCCUAGGAUCUUGGACUUACAGCGGGUUCUCCCUGGAUGUGAAGAAUAGGGACGACACCAUGGAUACGUCCGCCUUUCAAACAGACAGACACUUGAAGGUCAUAUCCACCAGUGCAUCCCGUAAGGUGGUUUACUACACCUGCUGUCCGGAGCCUUACGUGGAAGUCAUCUUCUCAAUGGUACUGCGAAGACAACCAGGAUCCUAAGUCUGCAUCACAACAGCGUCUGAACUUUCGAUGGAGUAGUUUAGUAUGAACUGUCAAAACUGCCUAUGAAGACCACUCAGGGGAUGGAUAUGUGGCCAUGUGGUCACUAAAGAGAGGAUUCUUACCUAUGGAGAGGAUUAUACUUGUGUCAACGGGAAAAAUAAUCUUCUAAGGGACCACUGAAAAGUGGUGACAAUUGCCUCACAGCAGCAUCUAUAUUUGAUCAGGGUCGUAAUUUUUUCUGUCCCUUGCACUGGUUGGGAGCCCAUGUUGUUGAUUUUCGCUGUUAAAUCUGUAAUUUCAAGCUUAAGAAAUAUUAUUUUUUUUAGUUUCAUGUCAUGUGGUGGAGAUUUUUAGACAGAUGAGGUGAAAUUUUUGUCCGCCCCAACAAGCAAAUUUCGGUCUUUCUGAUCGAAUAGUCUACACAUGUACUGUCAAAAAUUCACAAGAAGAAUACUCUUGGGACCUUUAAAGUCUGGACUAUAUGAACAGGUGGUCAAGAUUCUUAAUGUUUGUGAAAAUGGGAAAAAAUGGGCACCACCGAAAAGUGGUCGCAUUUGCUAUUGGAGGUCCUUAUGUAGAGGCGGUCAUUUAUUUUGGCUGUAUAGUAAUAUUAUAACACUUGGUAAGUCGAUCUUUUAAAGCCCUGUUGCAUUGAUAUUGUUUUGUUUUUGUUAAAGCUUAAAUGCACGUACUAUGACUACUUUAAAGCACUUUGAAGCCAGACAUGUAGGUCUUUAAUAAUGCCCCAAAAGUUUAAUACUUAAUUCCUUUCGGGGAGCGCUUUUAAAUGAUUUGCCACAAUCCUACAACACUUGCACAAUUUCUUCCGGAUUGGAAAUUUCCUAUGAAACCUUAAUGAAGCUAUAGCACAAAAAGGGGAGGAACGUAAUAGAUGAAUGCUGGCCCACAAAAAUUGCUUAUGUCACAAGGGGAUUGUACAUUAUUUCAAUCAACAUUUGAACGCAUUUAAACAGAUGCUAGAUGUAUGUUCAUUGCAUUCAAUGUGUGCAUAAAGUGUCUAUAGCUAGCUGUCAGUUAAUCAGAGAAUCGCCCUUACCAUUAGAAAUUUAAACAUUUAGAGUGGAAACCUCAG